AUGUUUCAUUUUUGCUCCCUAUCAUCCGUCAUCCGUGCUAGCUAUGCUGCCAAGAAAGCUGAACGUUCGGUACAGACUAGGCACCAGAUCAUCUCCUCUUACCCGGGAGCUCAGCCUCCCGCCGAACGUCAUGACCUGAUCUCUCAAGGGAAAGUCGGCGGUAUCAUUAUUUUUGGGGAGAAUGUGAAUACUUACAAGCAGAGUGUCUCAUAUUCUGGCUACCCGUUGUUGAUCAUGACCGACCAAGAAGGUGCCGAAGUAGUGCGUCUCCCUGGUGGAACAGCUACGAAUGCCAAACAGGUUGGCGAGUCCAAGAAUCUCGGUAGCAUAGCCACAGAGACAGGCAGCAAGCCGCCAAAGCCUGCACACUUGAACAUCAACCUUGUGUCCGUCUUGGGCGUGUAUCGCGAAGCAGACGACUUCCUAGAUCAAUCUCACUCUCGGCGAGGUCCACUUUGUAGAUGA